UUGGUUAUAAAAUUAGAAAAUCACAUAACUAAUACAUGUUUAAGUUAUGAGUCAAUCUAUGUAUUGUUUUAUGCAGGGUAAAAGAUGGAAUAAGUUAUACCUGAAUAACUAAUACCUGAAUAAAAAUAUGUAUUGACAAUUUUACCCUUCACUCUCAAUCAAUAUACACCACAGGCUUUUAGAUAAACAUUCCCAUCCUUUAUCCAUCUGUAAAUCUAGAGAAUGGUUCUUCAUCUUCCAGGCAAGUAGAUUGAAAAACUUUCAAUCUGAUGUUCUUUCUUUGAGGUUAGAAGUUCUCAAACUCAAAUUUUGGCUGAUUUUUUUAUUUCUUCUUCUUCUUCUCCUCUAAUUUUCUCUUUUGUGUUUUUCCUCUUGUUAAUCCGAUGAGAUGAACGAAAUUGUAGAUCUUCUCAGUAUUUUCUAGUUAAGUUGAUGUUUGAGUACACCUAAAUUUGAUGUGGGUUUUGUUUUAUUUGUUCAAAAUUUGUGAUUUAUGAACAAAUGGGUUCAUUAAGUUUAGUUGCUUUAGCUUCUAAAAUUGCAAAAGACAAACAUGGAUUUGCAGUUUGACAAAAUAGUAUUAGCAUUCUAGCUUUAGAAGCCAAACAAAAAUAAAUAUUUUACCCUGUUUUUCAUGUUACUUUUCAUUUUCUUUUCAAUAAAAUUGAACAUUUUAGUAUAAAACCAUCUAUUACCUUCCUAUUAUACAAAAUGUGUCUGCAAUACUUAAUUAAGUAACAUGAUUGAUACUCUUUUUUCUUUCGGGAUUCAAUUUGAUCAUGAUGUUGUCAUUUUUAAUUGGAAAAUAGGUAUAAAUGGAUUCUCAGCAAUUGUGCAAUGUUGAAUCCUUUAUGAUUCUCGAGGAGAUUGUGGUGCAUUCCUAUAUUGUCCUUAUCUGCUUUUUUAUGACUAUUUACAGCAUGUUAUUAAGAAAACAAUCUACAAAUAGGCGGGGCAUUCGAUAUUGUAUGAGUGCUAGAAUUCCAAAAAUCUUGUCUCAUCUGAAUGUUCUCCUUCGUGACAAUGAUAUUGUAUGUAUUGACAAGCUUAGGAUGGAUAGAAACACCUUUCACAUAUUAGCCUCCUUAGCCAAGAAUAUUGGAGGUUUGACUGACAGUAAAAAUAUGUCGAGUACUGAAAAGUUAGCAAUGUUUUUAAAUAUUUUGGCUCAUCAUGAAAAGAACAGGUCUAUCAAAGUUGAUUAUAUUAGAUCGGGGUGGAGUGUAAGUCGAGCCUUCAAUGAAUGUGUAAGAGUUAUUCUUAAACUAACUCCAGUGUUACUUGUUAAACCUAAUCCGGUGCUCGAAGAUGAUAGUGAUGAUCGAUGGAAAUGGUUUAAGGGUUGUCUUGGUGCAUUGGAUGGUUCUUACAUUUCCAUUAGAGUUGAAGCAAUAUAUAAACCAAGAUACAGAACACGAAAAGGAGAUAUAGCAACUAAUGUCUUGGGGGUUUGUGAUAGAAAUCUCAACUUUAUUUAUGUAUUACCUGGUUGGGAGGGAUCAGCCGCUGAUGGUCGUGUAUUGCGAGAUGCUGUUGUACGAAGAAAUGGGUUGAAAGUACCUCAUGGCAAUUACUAUUUGUGCGACGGAGGAUAUACAAAUGGAAAUGGUUUUCUGUCUCCCUAUCGAGGAUAUAGAUAUUGGCUAAAGGAUUGGCAAGAUUGAAAUGGCUAGUUUUCCUGCUGCAACAUCCAACACGUCCAGAAAGAGGGCAAGAAAAUCAACACCUUCAUGUCGAAGGAUAUGGACUCCAGAAGAGGAACUUACUCUUAUAGAUGGAUUAAAAGAAUUGUGUGUUAAUGGUUGGAGAGGAGAUAAUGGAACCUUUAGACAUGGAUAUUUAAUGGAAUUGGAACACUACAUGAAUGCUCGUCAUCCUAGUUGUGGAUUGAAAUCUCUACCACAUGUUGAUUCUAAAAUAAGAGCAUGGAAAAAGAGUUAUGCAACCAUAUCGUUGCUAAAGAGUCGAAGUGGUUUAGGAUUUCAAUAUAGUGACGGAAGUAUCUUAGUUGAUUAUCCAAAAGCUUGGGAUGACUUGAUAAAGGUUGAUCCAAAUGCCAAAUCAAUGAACUUAAAAAAUGGCCAUUAUUUGCUGACUGGGAAGAGAUAUUUGGCAAGGAUAGAGCUACUGGAGAGUUUGCAGAAGGUCCAGAAGAUGCUGUUGAAGAAAUAGAAAGAAUUGAAUCUCAAGAAAUUACUAAUGGCAUGUCUGUGGGGAUUUCCUAUUGAUGUUGUCGACAUAGAUGAUGCUUCAGGCACAAGAGAAAAUCAAGCUGCUCAAGAGGAACCUAACGUAUCAACUGGAGCAACACAAAGUCCAUUUACUGCUCAAGCUGAACCUAAUGAAUCAACUGGAGCAGCAAAAAGUUCAUUCACCGCUACAAAAGGUGAAACCCAUCAAUCUCAGAAAAAGGGCAACUGUUUUAAAGCAUCAUCUUCUAAAGUCAACGAAAAAGGUAGAUGCAAAAAAAGAAAAACAGUUGAAGAUGAUAAUGAGACUGUUCUUAAAGGUUUGAUGGAGGUGAUGAAACAAUUCACUGAAAGCCAUGAUAAGAGAAUGGCUUCUUUAAUUGACAAGCUAGGAGAGCGUGAUCUAUCUGAAAUUCGUGGUAAGAUAUUUUCUAUUAUUGGAUCCCCUGCAUAUGAAAUAUACAACUCAGAUGAACGAGUUAAGGCAACAAUGGGAAUUACUCAAGAUAUAAAGAGAAUGGAAUUCUUCUUAAGCAUCAUCGAAAUUGAACGUCACAGUAUGAUAUGGAUGAUUAUUAAUGAUAAGCUUUAAUUCACUGAAUGGUUUUUGUGUAGAUAUUUUGUAAGGUCUAACCAUAAUGGGAUCUUUUGUUACCUAGUAGAAUGUCCACAAAUGUGCAUAUAUGUGAAUGCUGUGGGCUUAAAGUAGGUUGUUUUUGUAUAACAAAUACAUGAUUAUGUUCAAUAUUAGUGCUUUUGUAAGUAGCCAACUAAAAUGAUCUUCAGAUUGCUCAAGCAGUUGAUCCAAACGACUAUUCAACAGUUGGGGUAAUCACAAAGAUCCAGUCAGAAGUACAAAGUACUCAGAUGCUAUUUUGUCAAGUGUUGUUGAGGCUGCUGUUUAUGUGUUUGUCAUUGAAGGAUAAUGUUACAAAAAUAGGGGACUUCUUUUGGGGGAAAAUGUAAUUGUAUGUCUUUGUUGUAUGGGUUAACUUUUGUAAUUAAACAAUGAAUUAUGCUAAGUUUCAUUCACUUUAAAUGAAGGUGUAUAUUUUAACUGUGAA